GAGAGAGAGGGACUUUCUCCCAGGCAUCGUCUGCAGCUUGGGUGGAUCAUCUUCUCCUCGCCAUGUUAAGUUUAGUCGUCUUGUUUGGAUUACUAGGUAACUUAACAACAGGGCUUGUCUACAUAUCCCCACUGAAGACGUUUUGGCAUAUAAUUGAGAGAAGAUCAACGGAAGAAUUCGAGAGCUUGCCAUAUGUAUGCAAGCUCCUAAAUGCUUAUCAAUGGGUAUAUUAUGGAGUAAUAAAGCCGAACAGUGUUCUUGUGGCGACUGUCAAUGGUUUCGGUGCUGUCUGUGAGAUCAUCUUUCUCAUCAUUUUCCUCAUCUUUGCCUCUUCCCCAUCAAGAAGGAUGAGCGCAGGGAUAAUGGUGGGAGUGCUGGAUGUGGUGUUCCCCGGGGCAGCAGUGUUGGUGAUGCAAUUUAUGAUGGAGGGGGAGACAAGAAUCAAUGCUGCCGGUUUCAUGUCUCUCACUUUCAGUAUGGUCUGCUAUGGCUCUCCUCUCUCUGCCAUGAAAACGGUGGUGACGACAAAGAGCGUGGAGUACAUGCCUUUCCUGCUGUCGUUUUUCCUCUUCAUUAAUGGUGGAGUUUGGACUACCUACGCUUUCCUCACCGCUGAUUGGUUCAUUGGGAUUCCAAAUGGGGUUGGAUUUCUGCUUGGGACAGCUCAGAUGGUGCUCUAUGCAACGUAUUGGAAGCCAAAGCCAAAACACACGUCACUAUCACCAAGUUGUGAUCUUUCACAUGACCUGUUGUCGAAAGAGGAAGCUUGAAACUCUCUAAUGAAGAGUUUGAGACAUGCCCCAAAUGACAAUAUCCAUCCGUAUGGCUUCCCUUCUGUAUUUUCUAAUCUAUCAGUGGAAUUUAUAUUGUCUUCCACGCAGCAAAUCUCUCCUAGAUAAAUUAAUAUAUAACCGUUUAGUUUU